AAAUGCACGGACAGCAUAAAACCAAUUAGCAACAAAAUUGCUAUUCGGCAGAACUAGUGCAUCGAUACAAUUCUGACGUCGUCGCAGUUCGGUACACCUCCGUUCCCUCCCUUCCUCCAUCCACCCAAUUAUUGGCUGUAAAGGCAAUAAACUAACAUUCAGUAAUCGGCACUCGACGCGUUAACAAUUAUUUCAUCCGCUCAUCAUUCGUCCGAAACUUAACUAGCGCAAGAACACGCAUCUCAGAAUGGCGAUCAGUGCACAUGAACGGUUAAGUGCAACGUUGCGUUUUUUAAUCAGCGGUGGAACGUACCGCGAUGUACGGUUUCACACAGGAAUUUCUCAACCAUCGCUAACGAAUAUAAUACCUGAAACAUGCCGAGCCAUAAUACACGUUUUGAAGGAGUACAUGAAGAUGCCUCGCACCCAACAGGAAUGGAAAAAUAUUGCCAGUGGUUUUAGCAACAAAUGGCAAUUUCCAAACUGUCUGGGAGCAGCGGAUGGAAAGCAUGUAAAAAUUACGCCUCCUCCAAGCAGCGGAUCCAAUUUUUUUAAUUAUAAAAAAUUCAACAGUGUCAUCCUGAUGGCAAUAGCAGACUCAAAUUAUACAUUUAUUAUGUGUGAUGUAGGUGGAGCAGGGAGCGAGUCGGACGGUGGUUGUAUUAAAAAAACCAAAUUUUAUCAGAAAUUAGUUGAAAACCAAUUAAAUAUACCACCCGAUGCUGCUCCUCCGAAUAGUUGCGUUAACCUCCCCUAUGUAUUUAUAGGCGAUGAAGCAUUUGCCCUGCGAACAAAUUUUUUAAAACCAUUUAACAAAAGGCAAUUGAAUUAUCCACGCAGGGUUUUUAAUUAUUGCUUGUCCCGUGCUAGAAGAGUAGUGGAAAAUGUGUUCGGUAUUUUAGCUAGUAGGUUUAGAAUAUUUCAUUCCACUAUUUUGCUCAAGGACGUCGAUAAUAUUAAAUUGCUAAUUUUAACUUGUUGCUAUCUGCAUAACUUUCUUGCACAAACUUCAAGCUCCUAUAGUUUGGGCGAUUAUGAUGCAAUUUCGGAAUCAGAAUUAAUUAUCCCGCCAGCGUCGUCUUCUACGAAUGUGUUAGCAGAGGCAAAAAAUGUAAGAUCAAAAUAUGUAGAAUAUUUUAUGAACGAAGGUAGAGUUCACUGGCAAGACGAAUCCAUUCAAAACGAAUAAUGCACAUAAUUCAUUACUUUUCAUGUAUUUUUCUCUUUCGGCAGUAUAUUUGAAUUCAGUAGAAUGGAAGUAAUAAUAAAAAUUAGUCCGUUACAAUUCGAGAAUUGAUGCGCAAUUGUCCUUCUUGCCCUAAUAAUAUGGCUUCACUUAUCAUUUUUUUGGUGUAUCGUAACAUUUCUGGUGGCACUUCAAGCAAUUCUUUUCUUAUAUAUUCAAUAAAUUCAUUUUCUGUGUUCUUCUCUAAUCUGUCUGCCACGA